AUGAGGUCGAUUUCUGCUGCUGCCCUCUAUGGGCUCACUGCCGUGCUGGCUGCACCUCUACAGGAUCGCUCCGAUUAUGCUGUGCACAAUUCGCAUUUCGUGCCUCCAGGGUGGCAGAAGAUUGGCAAGCCAAGUCCUGAUCACUCAGUCAGUCUACGCAUUGGCCUGAAGCAGUCUGCUUUUGAGCAACUCGAGAAAGAGCUUUAUGAAGUCAGCGACCCGGAGCACGAGCGCUAUGGGCAACACCUGUCUAUGAGCGACAUCCACAGCUUCACUGCUCCGCAUGAGGAGGCCCUUUCGGCUGUCGAGCAGUGGCUAGAGAGCCACGGCAUUACAGCAGACAAUUUGCACUACAGCCCACCAAAGGACUGGAUUACAAUCGCCCUACCAGUCUCAAAAGUCGAAAGCCUGCUUGAUACCGAGUACCACGAGUACCGACAUGAAGAUGGCAAAGAGGUCGUUCGAACAACUCAGUACAGCCUGCCACGAUCUCUACAUGGCCAUAUCGAUGUGAUCCAGCCCACCAACUACUUCGGCAACCCAAAGCAUCACGGUACAAGUGUCAAGAUUGCAAGCUUCGGUCUGCCAGACAGCGAGCUCCCUUCAACUGAUGUCAGCCGUCUUGCUUCAAUUGAAGCUGCUGAUCCUGCCGCCGCCGCAUAUCCAAAUGCCAACGUCAGUCUCGUCUGCGUUGCAGGACAGACUGUCUCAAGCUUGUGCGUCCGCACUCUCUACAACACGGUAGACUACACGCCAAAGGUGCCACAGAAGAACUACGCUGGUAUCACGAACUAUCUCAACGAGACGCCAUCCGACAGUGACUUCAAGCUGUACAUGGCCGCUCAGCGACCUGGAUCUGACCCCAACUACCUGUUCUCACGCCAAAUCAUUGCAAAUGCCGCCGAUGAUCAGAACGAUCAAGGCGUCGAAGCCAACUUGGAUGUUCAAGCUGUUGGAGGCAUCGCUUACCCAACACGCUUCACCUCCUACAGCACCGGAGGCUCUCCACCAUUCAAGCCAGAUCUUCUGACACCAACAAACACCAACGAGCCCUACCUCGUCUGGCUCGACUAUGUCUUGAAGCAAAAGGACGUCCCGUACGUCAUCUCCACCUCUUACGGAGACGAUGAACAAACCGUGCCUCAGAACUACGCCAACCGUGUCUGCGCCGAACUCGCCCAACUCGGAGCCCGUGGCGUCACUCUGCUCUUCUCCUCUGGCGACAACGGCGUCGGCAAAGAUGGAACUUGCGUCUCCAACGACGGCAAGAACACAACCAAAUUCCUUCCUUCUUUCCCAGCUUCCUGCCCAUAUGUCACCACUGUCGGCGGAACCCGCGACGUCAACCCCGAGCAAAUCGCCUUCGACACCCGCAACGGCUAUGUCGCCGGUGGUGGUUUCUCGGAGUACUUCCCUCGUCCAUCAUACCAGAACCAAGCUGUCACUGGCUACCUCAAGACUCUCGGCGCCGCGAACAAGGGCUUGUACAACCCCAAGGGACGUGCCUACCCAGAUAUCGCAGCCCAAGGAUUCAACUACCAGAUUUUCUACAAGGGUGCUUUGACUGCUGUUGAUGGUACUAGUGUUUCUUCGCCUGUCGCUGCGGGUGUCUUGACUAACGUCAACGAUGCGUUGCUUGCUGCUGGAAAGAAGCCCUUGGGUUUCUUGAACCCGUUGUUGUAUCAGAGCCAAGGAAAGGGAUAUAAUGAUAUCUCCAAGGGUAGUGUUACUGGUUGUGGGACGAAUGGAUUCCCUUCGUCGAAGGGCUGGGAUGCUGCUAGUGGGUGGGGAACUCCGGAUUUCAAGGCUAUUCGUAAGGCUUUGGGAGUUUAG